CCCUGCCCCGGACAGGGCGUCGCCGUCGCGUCCUCGAGUGGCACGGACGUAUCUGGCAUGCCCAUGGUGCACUGCGUGUCCUCGAGUAACGAGCAGGAACCUGCUGGGAGUCUCAAACUGAACAGCCCACAGGAAAGUGCCAUCCUGCAAGUGAUACCGGACCUGGACCAAAUUUCGCAGAGACGAGUGGCAGACAGUGGAGGGGGACCAGGUGCCACCGCGCGGUGACCUCUGCCCUCCCCCUCACCGAGCUACGUGGCGGGAGCUCUGUGAGCUACCUGCAGUCAUGCACCACACCAGUUUCCGAUACCGAAUUUAGUCUGUCAGUUUCCCUCUACUGGCAGUCUGACACCGCCGUCUCAGUUCUGAACACUCGCAGACAUCGGACGCAUUCGAUUACGGUGCCUCCUCGACGGUGUGAGACUACGGCCACGUGAAGACACUUCCCGGCUGAGGACAGAUGUGUUUAAUGUGUUACAGAGUCAAUCAGUCUGACAGUUUGGCGUAAAGGAGUAUCAGAAAAAUGUGUCAUUACUGCAUUACCGUAGAAUGUAUCACUUGUACUAGUGGACUCGAGGACCGACAUUUUAGUAUUCACUGUGUUGCGGUAAGGUGAAAAAUAAAUAAUCGGUAGUUGCCUUUUUCUGUGAAGCGGGUACGUAGGUCAGUACGUGUGCUGCCGGUAUGGGAGGUAGAUUUUUUUAAAGCUUUUGCAUUUUUAUCCACUUUGUAUAUCACGUGUACACUGCUGUACCCGUAGCAGUCAGUUACGUUUUUUUGUACUCGAUUUCUGUAACUUCUGAGUUGAUUUUCUGCACUAGUUUAAAAACUGUGUGUCCAAGUUAUCAGUAUCUUGACUCACUACCAGACAAUUUAUUUUAUUCUGAGAAACUGUUUAGUCAGAAGAACCGAACAUGUUUGUGUAAUCGCUGUGCUGCCAGUAGUGAAUAUGAGUAGCCGACUGUAGCUCUGCAAGUUUUGCCAGGUGGGCGAGUAUUUUGUAUGUCGAGAGCGAGCACCGGUCGAAGAUAUUUUGUAUAUUGACAAUGAGCUCCAGUUUAUUUUUUUUAUGAAUAAUGUAACAUGUAUUUGCACCGAGAAGCUACAGGGCGAUAGAGAUACGGACGGUGUUCCCACUCCGUGUGUCCGUUUGAAUGUGGAAUGAUUGUUUGCACUGCAGGUAAUGCUACUUUGUAACAAAAAGCAGAGUAGCAGUGAGUGUAGCAUGUCUCGGAAGUGAGUAUUUUAAACUGAGUUUUAUGUGAUGAAUGACUGGCAGUAAGGCUGUAGCUACAUCACAUUGCUUUUUCUCCAGAGGCCCUUUUUUCAUAUCCCACAGUACACAACUUACGAGAGGAGGUCCUGUGAAAUGUGCCACUUUUACGAUCUUAUAACCUGGUGUGUCUUAAUGAUCUAAGAGAGCUGUAGCAGCUGUUUAGUACACCUGGGGCUCGUUACUUCACUCCUCUCGGAAGUGGGCAGGGUGUGGGAAAUAUGCACACUCCAUAUUAAAUAAUUUGUUGUGCUUUUCUCCUGGUCUUUGCUAUUUUUCAGUUCUUCUGUACCUACUUGAUUUAUGUGAUAUGUAGAUGACAGAAACUGCUCAGGGAGCUGCAGAAGUCUUAUGCAGCAAAGGGUUUUGUGCAAUAUGUCAAGGAAUGCUCUAAGCCCCCAACUUUUCUCUCUCUCUCUCUCUCUCUCUCUCUCUCUCUCUCUCUCUGUGUGUGUGUGUGUGUGUGUGUGUGUGUGUGUGUGUGUGUGUGUGUGUGUGUGUGUGUGGUGUGUGUGGGCAAAGAAGGUUGAGAUAAAUUAGAGUGAGAAUUACCUGUUUUAAAUAUUAUUUAACUGAACAGCUGAUGUUUAUAGUCAUCAAAUAUGUAGUUGUCAGGCCAAUGUAAAGCUGAAUUCUUUCAGUAUUUGUGAUUGACUGUUAAUUGUGAAUGCUGAUUUUAUACAAUCAUUGUUUUCAAUUUCUGAGGUGCAAAAUGAAGGUAGGGCGAAAAGUGGAGCCACCAGAGAAAGUAUUGUCUUCCCUUUGGAGCCCCUUAAAUUGUGACUGGGAAACUGUUCCUACUGUAUUCGCUUACUUUCAUUGUUAGUGCUGCUAAGUAUUUACAUAGUCAGUUUUUCGCCUAUGCUGCCAGUUAUGGUUGCACAUUGAAUGUUUUGGUUGCUGGUAUUAUAUUUUUAUUCGUAGUGUUUUGUAAUUUGUUUUUCACCCCUGACAUUGUACCAUUUUACUUGUUUUAUUAUUAUUGUAUCUUUCUGAGGUCACAAAAUGAAUAAUGAGGUGCAAUGGUUAUUAUGUACCAUUACACAGAGAUCUUUAACGAUUUAAUAUUUUUUUAAAUUGUUAUUUUCAUCAUGUCAAAGUAGUAUUUAUCACCUGUGUACAUCAAAUUUAUUUGGAAGACAGGGAAUUCGCUUCCACAUUUUACUAAUUUCAUAAUAAGAAAUUUUCUUAUUGUAAGAAUGUUUUGUAUUGAGGAUUUUAAUGAUUUUGUGUUCCACUGUAUUUGCUUGCCAUACAUUUUGUUAAAAAGUAAGUGUAAAGCUGCAGUUCAAUCCUUUUACUUAUUGGCUGGUUUAAAAGGCUUCCAUUUAAUAUAUAUUACUGUAUUUGUUACUGUAAAUGAUUGCUACAGAAUAAUUGUAAAUCAUAGCAGCUGCUGUAAGCUAUAUAUUUUACUUAAGGAUACAUUAAAUUUAAAUUACGCUGUCUGCCAAUCUAAUGACGGUUGUGGUUCGAAAGUGGUACUGUCUAUGUUUAUCUGUGAUUCAGGUGUCAAGACACUGAACUCUGCCCAGGUCGCCAUGUUUUCGGUUUCCAAUCCGAGCUGCAAUUGACGUUGGCACAAGAAAUGUGCAUUUUGCUUUUCGUAACAAAUAUUAACUGACAGACCUCAUGCUGGUGAGACUUUUCAGGUUAGGACAGAGGCAAUUCUAAAUAAAUGCAACUUAGGCGCAGUAGGGCAGAAUUCAGAAAUACGCUUUCGUGUCAGCUGCAGUUUGUUUGUACUGAGUGCUGUGGCUCGUGUCCUGUUGUCACUUUGAUAGAGAGCCUAGAGUCGCAAAUGUGUGAGAGUGGCAGUUAAGUUUGCUGCUGAAUAAGUUAAGACUGAUGCAACUUUUUAAGGUUUCAGAGUUGUUAUUUUGUUACAGGAAAAGAAUGGAAUUGUAUAAAAAUGUAAUAAUGGUCACAUCAUUUUGCUCCAUUGUGAGAAGCUUCUCCAUUUCUUAUUCAUCAAUUUGUGAGACGUCCCCUUUAGGGGAGCAGUGAUUGUAACACUUUUUCACUAAUUUGUGAUGCAUACAUUGCAUCAUGUUGCUGACUAUCUUGUUGUUGUAGUCCAGUUUUUUGAGAUAGAUAGAUAUAUAUAUAUAUAUUUAUGUACAGAUAUGUUAUCUGUCUUGCUAUCAGUUGUUGAGUAGGCUUUUUAUUUAAAAACACACCAUUUCAUGCCUAAGGCCAGUAAGUUUGCACAGUUUAAAGUCUCCAAGUGUUUUAGUUUGCUGCAGUCCUGUUGUAAAUUGAGGCACAAAAAAUUUUGGGAGUUCUGGUUAUUUUGGUUAUUAAUGUGUGACUCAGAGAAACCUUGUUUUUUCAUGUUGUUUAGCUCCUUUUCAGUGAAGUGUGUUGUUAUUUCACUGAUUUUUUGGACCAAAACUUGUACAUUACUCUCCCUUCUGAUUGGAAGUUGUCACUGUUUGGCAUCUGUGUUCUAAAUUAUACUGUAUAUAUUUCAUUGCAGAUUGAGGCAAUUGUAGGUCUCAGAUAUAUAUACUUUGCCUGACAAAUAACUAUCUAACCUGAAUUCAAAAUUUCCUAACUUCUCAGUGUUUUAGUGCCUCUUCAAGUUGUAACUGUUACUUAAUUAAUUUUUUUGGCAUUUUUGUCAUGUUGAAUGUUCUUUCAUGUGAAGAUCAUUAUUUUAGGACAUCAUUAAUUCUCCUUAUAUGUCAAAGUUGCUAGGGAUGCAAAAAAAAAAAUUUAUUAUCUCAGAUUCUUCAUGCAGUCAGGAGAAGAGGCUAACACUACAAUUAAUGCCACUAAUUUAAUGUAACAUGUUACCUCCCAUUUUGAUCAUAGAGCUUCGAGUGAACACGCAGCAUUCCCCCAGUUCACUCUACACACUAUAACUGCUUUUAAGCUAAGAGUGUAAGGAUGCUUCCUAUAGAUCUCCUGCUUGCUAUUUUAUUUUCUUAGGGACAAUUGUCUGUUCACGAUAUCCAAAUGACUCCUCCAUGUGAUCAGUGAAGUUCCAGCGACAACUGUCGUUUCGAUAAUCUCCAAUUUAUCCUCUGUGGACUGAUUUGACCUUUGAUUUGAGAACUUCUGCAUUUAUUGUGUGUCUCAACAUUGGGGAUCUUUGAAGUCAAUCACUAUUUAAAAACUGCAGCAAAAUUUGAGAGUCAUUCAGUUUAAUUGUAGACGGAAAUGAACCAUGAUAGUCUAUUUGUGCUAUAUAGCAUCUCAGGUAUAUUUGUCAUGAACGUGCUCUGUAGUUUGUAACUGUUCUGUAGUAUCCUGGGAGGCAGUGCUCUGUCACGGGCAGUAUUUGUGUUUUAACUGUUAUAGUUCUUUCCCUAAACUACUUGUGUUUGUAAAUGAAAGACCACAUUUGGCGAUCAUUCGGCAUUAGACUUGGUCUUUACCUCAUGUAGUUUAAUGUACUAGGUUUAUCUGCCACUGUGUUAGUAUCCACGACUUUUAGUUGUAUCCACAUGACAAACUAGCUGUAAAGCAUAUGCAGCACUUCUAUCACAGCUGGGAAAGUCUUUCUAAGGUGAAAAGUGGGCUUCCACAAUAGAGCAGACGCAGCGUAUGCAUCUUAUAUAUUAUUAGUUUGACUUUAUUUUAAAGCUUUGUGUAAACCCUGCCAGUAAUAUUUUAAACUAAUAUUACUUUAUCUUUGUCUUGCACAAAAUAUUUCUAGUCAUUGUACACUAUCACUUGAAAUGAGUUGUAUGCAUAUGUAGAACAUUAACAUACAACAUUAAUAUAUUAAGAGUUUAUUGUUAGAAUAACUUACUUUUAUGAGUGAAGACAGACAAUAAGCAUAUCAGAUACAAAUAAGAUUUUGUCAGUCGGACGUGUGUUGAAAUUGGUGUGGGAUGUGCUGGGUAGCUUUUGUUAUUAACGUGUUAUUUUGUGUCACUGGUGUGAAUUUUGUGGUCUGAGUGACUGGUGUAACAAUUUGUCAGUAUUUCAUUUUUUCCUCCCUGUUCUAGCCUCUCCCUCUUCAUUUCGCCGUACAAGUAAAUAGUGGCAACGUUUUGAUGGAUUAUGAGUUGCAAACAUAGUCUUAAUAAGGCAAUUUGACUUUAUUUUUUAUGUUGUAGAGCAGCACUCUAGUUUUUGUGUACAGUGUUGUUGCUAUUGCUACAGUGAUAUAUAUAUAUAUUGGGUGUGAAGGACCUGCUGAGAUUACAGUUUUCAUACACACGUGCAGUAACUGCUUAUGGUAGUAAAAAUCUGUGUUCACAGUUUAGUAUGUACAUUGUUCCUCCAUUAUUCUUGUCAGUGAUGUAUCAGUAUUUUGUAACGUCUUGUUUGGUGCACUCCACUUUUAAACUUUAAUUCGGAGAGAAAAUAAGCAUCAUCAGGUGGCAGUUGGCAUAAGAAAAUAUACCCUGGUGCAGUCUUACAAGAGGCCUUUAUGCACUGACCCUCCUAGAUUUUGUGGGUUUGAAGGCCAGUGCCCACAUAUCAAUUUCCCAAGCAAUAAAAUGUAUUUUCCAAAACAGUUGAAAAACUGACUGAAGAUUUCUGAGCACUGUUAAAUAUAAAACAUUUAGACUGAGUCACCUCUUGCUCAGUGUGUAACUUAACUGGCCUUGUAGUGGUGAAGUUGCUGGUUCUGUUCUAACUGGAUAUAUAUAAUUUGGAUGUAAAUUUAUUGUCAGAUUGAAAUACUGAGUUACAUCAUUUCAGUCACAAUUAAUAACAGAAAUAGAUUUUUAUUUUUAAUUGCUAAUUGCAUAAAAAUUUGAGCUUUUGUAAUAAUUAAAAUUUGGUAUAAUAAUGUGAAAUAUUGUUAAAUAUAUAUGCUCUAUCUGUCUCUAGAAGUAUAUAUCUUUUUUAUUUUAAUGUUUCACUUUUUUUGUACCAAAUUUUGAAUGACUGUGAAUACUCUCAUUCCUGUGUAAUUUGCAGUUAAAUAUGGAAGUAUGUUAUUUUUUGUACUCUCAUUGAAUAUUUUUAUUGCACAUUCCAUAUUAAUAGUAACCAUAGAAUUUAAAUAAAAAUAUAAAAGUUGCUACAAGUAGGGAUACAAUCAGCAAAUAGAAUACAUUCACCAACUUCACAAUUAGAAGUCUAUUUUUCUAUGCACAGAGCUACAGGUAGCUCUGUUCAAAAUGUUAUAGAAUAAUACUUAAGAGUAUUCAGAAAUCUAUCUGAUGUUGUUCAGGCAGUGACCUUCAGAUCCUGUAUGUACGAAGAAAAUCAGAGAGGGCCAGUCCACAACAUCUUCUCAUGUAACUUUUUUAAUGAAUAUUUUACCUGAAAUGCAAGUGGACAUCUUCCUCAUGUUUGCUUUUUGAGAUAAAUAGCUUAUUUUUUUAAAAAAAAAAACAAUGAUUCUUGUCUAGGAAAACAGAUUGUGUAUGUCAGCGGUUGACCCAUGUUAUGAGGAGUAUAAAAAAUCUGGCCUAAGUGUGAGGAAAGAUGAUUAGUAAGCCAAAUCAUCUGAAAGGAUCAGGGCCAGCAUUUAGAAGCAAUCCAUAUAUUUCUGCAAUUGAAAGAUAGAAUUGCUUUUUCUUGGCACUGGGCAAGGAAACAAAACUGAGGAAGGAAGGAAAGAAAUGAGCAGGUGCCCAAUGGGAUGAGGGGUUGCUCCGAAACUGGGCUCAAGAUACGGUUCGGUGGUGAGGAGGAGUGAGCCUACUCGAGCCCAGCUUCUGACCUGUCCUGACUGGUUGCUCAUAAACUCUUUAAUUAAGUUGUUUAUUUUUAUUUCUUUUUAUUUAGCUUGAUAGAGCAUUCCACUGAGUUACAGCAUAUGUUUAGAAAGUAAUAAGCAGUGUGUUUUGUUCUUCCUGUGCUUCCUAUUUACCAUUGGACUAAACACACACACUUACAGCCAUUUACCAUUCACCAUUGUUUGCGCUGGCCUUUAUUUUGUUCCCCCAUUUAAAAAUCAUCAAUUAUUUGAACACCUAUAUUAUUAUUACCUACCCAGUAAACUGUCAAGAGUUGUUGGUCAACAACUCUUUCUUCUUGUCCUCUCUUUCCUCCAAGUCUGAAAAUUUACAUUUUGAUGAUGAUAUCACAUGUGUCUGCAGUCUGCAGCUAUUUUGACGUUUACCAAUUCUCUGAGAAUAAUUUGUAUCAUCAUUUAUGUAUAACAUAACACCCACACCGUAGACAUGUAUGUGGCAUAUCGAAACAGAGAUUGUCGUACUUAUGAAGGAGCCAUUUUAUAAGAAAGGCUACAAAUUAAUCACUUUAAAAACAUUUUGGACAAUGCAUGUGACAGAACAGAAUGAACUGAAUAAGUAGAAGAUGAGAACGUCGAUUAGCUAUCAGAUGUGAUGCUUUUUUCCAGAAGCAUAACUUUAUGCACAUAGUCAGUCCACAGCUGUAUAGGAGUGCAGUAAUGUGUGUGUGUGUGUGUGUGUGUGUGUGUGUGUGCGCGCGCGCGCGCAUGUCAGUCAAGAAAAUUCUUCUGGCUUUUGAAAAUUUUCUGCAUAAUAUGGAAACCAAGUAAAUCUCAGUUGUUGUUUGCAGUGUUGUUAUUGGCACACUCAGUUGGUCUGCUGAUUAUUGGUGUAAAUUUUUUUAUAAUUGCUCCAGAGUAAUGAUGUGGAGCAUUUUUUUCCUUUUGUUUUCUCAGAUGGCCAUUAUGGAUGGAAAAACAAAUUUGUUCAAAAGUACGUAAUUAAGACUAAAGGGAAGGCUUUAUUUUUACCAGUGUUAGCUAUGCUGCUUCAAGCAAGAGAACCUCACAGUAUGCAACAUUUUUUUCAGUAAAUACAGUAGCUGAACUUCAGCACAUAUGUAUGUGAGGUCACCAUGAGGCAUGUGAUUGUCUACGAGUACACACUGAUGCUGUCAGACAGCAAAGAGCUGUGUGUUAAAAGCUUCAUUCUGUUAUGUGAGUGGAUAUGAGGGUUUGUAACCGUGCUUGCCUGUACUGUACCUCCUCACGUGAGUUUCAGAUCAGCUCUUGGACAGGUAUGUAGAGGACAGCAGGCAUUUUUGAAGAGCUGUUUCACUGCUGAACAUAUGUGAUCAUCUACAGUCUAUCACAAAGUAACACACACUGGCCUUCUCUUUAUCUUACUUAUUUUUUCUUAUGUUUCUUUUGUUUUGGAGGUCACAUAGCUGUGUGCUCAUGUAACAUUGUGGCUUUGUAAUUUCUUGCACAGAAUUGAAAUGAGGACCCACCUGGAAGAAACAAUAUUGACAUUUCUUCCAGUAAUGCAAGAAAUGAGUGGAGUAAUCUUGUAGAUACACAAAGGUUCUGCCAUCUUUCAGUUUUGGGUAGUGAGAUGUUUAGCUUUUUAGCCACAGAAAGACAUAAGAACAGAGUUAUGCUGUAACAAUUGCAUUUAUAAUUGAUUUGAUGUGUAUUUUUCUGUUAAAAAUUGUUUUCCACUUUAUUUAAGAUGAGAUAAUUGCAACUUUUAUGUUUGUCUCAUUAAGAAGCUGAGCAUUACUUCUGAUAAGUUCAUGUAGCAGCACUGACUGUUUGAUGUUUUCAAUUUUGACCCUCAGCUCAGCCGAUGUCAUAUAUCAUCUUUGUGUUGAGUAGUGUCUUAAUGAUUAAAUGAAAAUUUGGCCUUAGACACUGGUACCAAUGUGUGUGCAUUGUCACACCCUGGACCAUACUUUCAGCUUUUGGUUAUUUCAUCUCAAUAACACUUCUGUCCAAAGAUAUAAAUUGAAUAUCUAGGAAUUGGGACAGCUUGUUUAUGGGAUGUAACAAACACAAACUGGAUUAUUUUGCUCUGAAGCAAGUGUAAUUCCGGUCAUACCAGCAUCCUGUCAAUGGUGUCGAAUUCAUGCAAGCUAGUUCAUGGAAACGGAUCAAAGUUCUGAGAAUACUUGUCAAAAGUUCUUCUUGUUUUUAGGAUGGUAAUGUGGCAGUCUGCACUUACUGGGAAUGUUAAAAUAAAAUCAGUGGAGAGGGAAAAAAUAAUUGUGUCAUUCAUACUGGAAAACUUGUGAACAUCACUAUUUUACCACUGUGCGAGAUCUACUGCAUGUGUUGCACUAUUCAGGAUCUUUUGUGGGCCAUUAAGGAAAUUGAUCUGAUUUAAACUGUAUCAUCAGUAUCAAUAUAAGCAGUAAUCGUCCCUGUUUUGUAACACCACUGUAGUGAAAUCGAAUUGGUGUGCCAGUUUUUAGAGUGACGCUAAAGAGGAUUUAGAACAAUUUUGUAACCAGGUUCCGUGCUUAGAGGUAUCUAAAAAUAUGAAAGAAAAUGGAUGGAGCAUUAUUGUUACUACAAUUAUUACUGAAUUCUUGUUUUGGUCUCAGUUAUUAUUGUUUGUGUGAGUGAAGUCCACAUGUAUUUCUGAAAGAGGCAGGAAAAAUGCAGCCUUGUACAUUGUAAAAUUUCUAGAGCAUAUUGUUCUUUUUGUCUAUAUUCUUAAUGCUAUUUCUCAUUGUGAAAGCCAGUUAGUCUCUUCUCGUUGUAAGUGGGUGUAAAAAGGGAAUUUUUGUGUAUUAUGAAAAUAAUGUGAUGAAAUGUAACAAAGAAACACUUGUUCACACUGUGAAGAGUGAACAGUAAUUGAUGUUUUAUAUAUUCUGUAUGAAUUGUUUUUCUUUCCUUUUAGAGUGCAUGUAAUUUGCCAAGAUGCCUAUGUAUAUAUAGAAUUUUGAUCAAUUUUUAUUUACAUAUUAUGUACCAGUUUUAACAAGUUGCAACUAUGUAAAAUAGUGUUAAUUGCAGAAUUGUAAAAAUAAUGUUAUUAAAAAUGGUUUUCAGUUAAAAACUGAGAACCCAAAUCACAGAAUAUCUAUGUAUAAAGUGAACAUCUCCAAACGUCUGAAAGAUGUGUGAAAAUAUAUGCGCUAUAGAAAUCAAUAAUAGAAAUUCCUGCAAAUUUA